CAAAACUUGACUUGUGAUGAGGAAAUCCAGUGAUCUUAUCCUCUGUAUUUCCAAACUGUCCAUACUCCAUUCCUCACUUCUUUGCCACCUAAACAAAAAUAAACAGAGCAGAUAGAAAAAUGGCAGCAACAUUUGUAUCAAACGCAAGCACUUUUCUCCCUUCACUCUCAUCAUCAUCACCUACUUCAUCUUCACUUCAUGCACACAGCCAAAGACAACUAGUUUUAUGCAGAGCAGUGAGUUCUAAUGAACCACCUUUUCCUGCACUCAGUCUUUCCAAGAGAAACAUGUCCAUUGGCCUUACUGCAACUUUGUUGAUGUCUUUAGCUGGAAAAGGCUUAUGUUCUGAUGCGAAUGCUGCGAUACUCGAGGCGGAUGAUGAUAUAGAAUUGUUGGAGAAGGUGAAGAAGGAUAGGCAGAAGAGGCUUGAGAAGCAAAGUGUUAUUAGCUCUUCAGAUAAAGAGAAAGGAUAUUUGCAAGAUCUUGUUUACAAGCUUAGCAAAGUAGGACAAGCCAUAGAAAAGAAUGAUCUGCCUACUGCUGCUUCUGUUCUUGGUGAAAAGAGUGAUGCUGAAUGGGUUCAAAAGACAAAUGCAGCCCUCAAUAAGUUGAGCUCUAGCCCUGAGGAAAUAGCUGAAGCUGAUGCCGUUAAAUCCUCUUUGUCCACUUUGAUAUCAUCAGUUGGCCAAAAAGAUAUUAAAGCCUCUACACUAGCAUUUGUGGCAUCGGCCAAUGCGUUGGAGAAAUGGACACUAUUGACAGGAUUAGCUGGACAACUCAAGGGGCUGUGAGUUGAAGAACAGUUACUGUGUUUUAAUUUUGAAAUUUUACAAGAGAUAACUUUGAUCAAUUCUAUUGAUUAAAAUUAUACCAGA